AUGGAUCAGUUAAGGGAUGAUCUUAUCCAAAUGAGAACUCAGGUUACUGCUCAGAUGGCUCAGUUCAUGGAAGUCAUGCAAAACAUGGCUGAUCGCCAAGAAGAGCUCAGAAUCAGGAUGGAUACAGUUGCUCAGGUUGUUGCAGACCCCCCGCAAAGAAAUCCUGCUGAUAUGCGUGUCAAUGGUGAGCCUGUGAUUGGAGGACCUGGUGUGAUUCCUCCUGCUGCUACUCAAGGUAAUCCCCGUGGGCCUCCCCAGCCUACUCCUGAAGGACAAACCACACAACAAAUCAGAAGGGCUGCUGCUAUCCCUGUGUUGGAAGAGGACCGACAUGAGGACUUGUUUCCUGAAAGUGAAUAUGGAUUUCCACAUGAUGCGGAAAGGAUGUUUAGAGGUCUGGAAGAGAGGAUGAGGGCGAUGGAAGGCCAAGGGCUUGGUAUGGAUAUCAGUGAUUUGGGUUUGGUUCCUGGCGUCCGUGUGCCACCAAAAUUCAAAGUACCUGAUUUUGAGAAAUACAAGGGGAAUACUUGUCCUAAGACACACGUCCGAGCUUACUAUCGCAAAAUGCAUGUAUACUCUGAGGACGAAGGAAUGUUGAUGCACUUUUUCCAAGAUAGCCUGACUGGGGCAUCCUUGGAAUGGUAUAUGAGGUUGGAAAGAACUCACAUCCGAAGUUGGAGGGACCUAGUUGAGGCCUUCGUGAAGCAGUAUCAGUAUAAUGUUGACAUGGCCCCGAAUCGCACUCAGUUACAGAAUCUAACCCAGAAAGCUAAUGAGUCCUUCAAAGAAUAUGCGCAGAAAUGGCGCGAGUUGGCGGCCAGGGUCCAGCCACCAAUGUUGGAAAGAGAGAUGAUGGACUUGUUCACCAACACCCUGGAGGGACAAUACUACUCUGCCUGCUCUGCAUCCUCAAGUUUUGCUGAGUUGGUUAUGAUUGGUGAGCGAAUUGAAAUUGGAAUUAAGGCUGGUAGAAUACAGAAUCCAAGUGCUGCUAGUUCCUCUUCUGGGGCAGGAGGGAAGAAACCAUACAACGGAUUCGCUAAGAAGAGAGAGGGUGAAACGAGUGCUGCUUACUAUGGUAAAGGCAAAGGCCAUGCUUAUCAACAAGUAGCCGCUGUGACCAUACCAAAUACCCCUCUUCAGCAACAACAACCACAACAGAGGUAUCCUCCACGUCAGUAUCAGCAAAAGCAGAGAGCACCAAGAAAUUUUGAUCCCAUACCCAUGACAUAUGCACAACUACUUGCUCAUCUUUUACAUCUUGAGCUGGUGCAACUCCGUACCAUGGGCCCUCCACCUGCUAAGCUCCCUCCUAACUAUGAUGCUAACGCUCACUGUGAGUUUCAUUCUGGGGCUGCUGGUCAUGAUAUUGAACAUUGCAUAGGAUUCAUGCACAAAGUGCAAGACUUGCUUGAUUCAAAAGCUAUUGAGUUUACUCCUACUCAAGGCCCCAACGUUGUACAGAACCCUAUGCCUCCCCAUGGAGCGCAUGCUACAAAUGCCAUCGAGGUUGUUGAAGACGCUUGCUUGGUCAAAGAUGUGAUUGAAUUGGGUUCAUUGUUGCCAUUAUUGAAGUCAGAAUUAUUGAGGAUGGGUCUAUACUCUGGUUGUGGAGAAUUCUGUACUAAUUGCAUGACCGUGUCCACAGUUUGUGAUAAGUUUGAGCAUGUGCGACGUCCUGAAAGGGUUGAAAAUGCAGUUAAUGUGGUAUCCAUCCCGUAUACUCCUGCUAAGAUUCCAGUUCCUGCCAGAGCGCCUCCCUUGGUUAUUACGUUGCCUGGUCCCGUUCCGUAUACUAGUGAAAAAGCAAUCCCAUGGAAUUAUGGCGGAGAGGUUUUCUACCAAGGGGCAAAGUAUGAGAUUAAAAUGCCGGUUGAGAAAGAAGAUGUGGAUAAUGUUGUUGGCAUUGGAAGAAUGACAAGAAGUGGUCGUAUUUUCAAUCCUCCCCAGAAUACUCACGAUGACAAUACGGAAGCUCUAGCUCAAGCAAAAGGGAAAAGAGUGGUAGAAGAUACGGUGGAUCAGGGGCAAAGCUCUAAUUCUGAAGAUACUGUAGCCAAAGAGAUGGAAGAGUUCCUAAAGAUCAUCAAGAAAAAGAUCUCAGUGAAUCAACUUGAAGGGGUGGUGUCAAACAUCAAUGCUGGUAACGGAUUGGGAUUCACUGAUGCAGACUUGCCCUCUGAAGGUAGAAACCACAAUAGAGCUUUGCAUAUAUCAGUGGAAUGUAAAGGGACUAUGCUAUCUCGUGUUCUCGUGGAUAAUGGAUCUUCUCUGAAUGUAUUACCGAAGUCGUCUUUGAUGAGGCUAGAUUAUUCUGGCGUCGAGAUAAGGCCGAGUGAAUUGACAGUGAGUGUAAUGCCCGUGAGAGCCUUUGAUGGGUCAAAGAGAUCAGUAUUUGGGGAGGUUGACUUGCCGAUAAUGAUAGGCCCUCAGCUCUUCACUAUUACUUUCUUUGUGAUGGAUAUCCACACGUCUUACAGUUGUCUCCUGGGGCGUCCAUGGAUCCAUGCUGCUGGGGCCGUGACUUCCACAUUGCAUCAGAAACUCAAAUUCGCAAUUCAGGGAAAGAUAGUCACAAUAUGUGGGGAGGAAGAACACGUGGUAAGCCAUCUUGCGUCCUUCAGGUAUAUUGAUGUGGAAGGAGAGGUCCACGAGACGCCUUGCCAAGCCUUUGAGGCUGUCCAGACUAUCAAGAUCCCUUAUGUUGAAAACAAGAAGUUGGAGGCUCCCGUGUCUUCACUAAAGGAAGCUAAAGCUGUGGUUGAAUCUGGUCAUCCUGAAGGAUGGGGCCGAGUCUUGGAUCUACCAGUCAAGCAGGAUAAAUGUGGGAUUGGAUAUCAGUUGGGUCAGAGUUCAUCUAAUGAGGCCUCCAAGAAGCCCGGAACCUUCGUUCCGAUCAAGUUCUCUAGUGCUGGCAUCGUCAAGGAUCAUAUUUGUGCUGCUGAUGAUGAUAUGGAUAGCGAUUAUGACAUUGAAGAAUGGAUCAAGCCGUGUGUCCCAGGAUAG